AUGACCAAAAUUAUGACCAACCUGCUCGAGAUGACUGAGCAAAAUUUAACAGACGAUGACAUUUUCAAUGAAAAUUUAAUAAUAAAGAGAAAAAAGGUUGAUUACGUUGAAGAUAUGUUGUCGAUUGAACAGACCAAACUAAACAAUCACGCUAAAGUAAAUAAUAAAGCAAUAGAUUUAAACUUGAAGAGAAAGGUGAAAAAUCUUGAACCUAAUGAAAAUUACGCUAUAAAUAAAAUGGUUCAACCUAACAUUAAUAUUAGUAUAGACAAAGAUUCUAAUAGAACUAUUAGACUAGAACUAAGGCAUCCAGAUAACCAAUGCAUAAUAACAGAUUAUAAAAUAAAUGACGAAAGUGAGGAAACUAGAAAUGUGUUAACCCUUGAAGGGGACGACUUAAACGGAUAUACACUAAAGGAUAAUGUACGAAGUAAUCAAGAAAAAACAAGUGACGAAAUAAAUGUGCAUAAUGAUAGCGAAUAUAUUAAUGAUACUGAGGAAAAUAAGGUAAGCAAUUACAUAUUAAAAGAUAAAGAAAGCAAAGAAUUUCACUCAAUUAUUAAUAAUUUCAGUAAUGUCACCUUUUCUCGACCUGUCAUUACUCAUGACGUCCGAAAUCGCAGAUUCCGCUUUAUUUUUUUA